AUGGAGGAUACCGAAAGUGAACUCACUCGAAUUGAUGACCCCAAACAUGUCGUCAGGCAUAUGCUAAAGAGUCAAUACCCAUGGGGCUGGGUUGUCUACCGAUGUACAUACAGCGACGAAGAAGCAUGGCAGAAAAUGCUUCAUGUCCUGCGCAACAAGGUUGUAGAAACUCUCAAGAUCAACGACCGGAUGGAUCUACUCCCUUUUCAUGAGAUGACAAUCAUAGAAGAUAACACCAAAUUCGAUGGUGCUACUUCGCAUAAUAUCCGCGACCACUUCACCACCUGGGUUGCUGAUACUGUGAUGGAGAGAAUGGUCACUGCUCCCUCCGAGCCUGAGCAGCGAGAGAUACGAGAUCCCUACAAGGAGGAUCCCGGCCCUGAGUGGAUUAUGGGCACUCGAUACAAUUUUUGCCUCUUCGUUGAUGACAUCUGCCUGGAGUCAUUGGAAUAUAUGACAUUCCCGGUGGUAAAGGUGCUAGCCAAAAACUUCGGGGCGCGAAAACCAGACAACAGAGACUAUACAAUAUACCCAGGCUGGGAAGAUGGCGAAACGAACGAAGGAAGUGAAGAGGUUGGCUGGAUGUAUACUCACGCUAUGGAGAUUGUUUCGCACUAUGACGAGCUGAUGGAGACGGAUUUUUGGUACGACACCUAUAGCAGACCACCUUCGAUGCGGAUGUCAUGGGGCAUAACACCAGGCUCCUGGCGCAAAACUAAAGUGAAGUGA